AUGGGGAAAGUGUCGAUAUAUACCCUUCCCGCCGAGGUAUUGGUCGAGGUGUUUGGCUAUCUCGAUACCCAUACUCUUGAAACGGUAGCCUCAAUUUCUCGGUACUUGGAUGACAUCAUCAACAACGACUAUAUCUGGAGAAUUCUCUUCAUCAAGAAACUCAUCAAGGACGAUGAUCUUAUAGCCCUUGAUGCUUUGCCUGGUAAACGCAAAUCCCUCAAGCAUCAAACAACUAUGAAUACCGAUAAUAUUGUCGAGAGGAACUCCAGAAUCAUCACCAGCUUCCCCAGUUUGUCACUAUCGUGGCAUUGGAAGACCGAGUUUAUGGUACGGUUCACUUAUAUCAAGAAAUUAAUGAAUAUCAACAAGAAUAAAAAAGUCAGUAACCCUAAGGAUCUCAAGAAAAGCCAUUUCCGCAAGCUCAACCCUUAUUUGUUAACUACCGUGUACAAAGUGCACUCGAAUUAUCUCAUUGAUGAUUUAGUAUGUGAUUUUGGCAGUGACAAACUUAUAUUAUACAGCCACAAGACUCAUAAUUUAAACUUUCUAUCCCUUAAACAAGGGAAGAAAAUAUAUCAAGUGGAUUCGCAUAUUAGUCGGGACGUGUUGGCCGAGCAUUCUCUUAACCAGGUCCAUUAUGCCACGGUUGAAAAAAUCACCAAGAAUCUCAUCAUGAUCGGGAAUUCCAACGGUUUGAUCUUUAUGAAAUUAUUCACCAACGAUUUUGCCCUAAGCAGUCCUCUGAACCUGAAGUUUUUCAAUAAACAUACAUGGAGUGAUGAACAUGUACCUUCGGUGGACCACCAACGAUUGGCACAGAAGAAGCUUUUUAUCAGUAGCAUCGUAUUGAAUCCAUUGUUGAACUCCAGCGUUGGCAGUUUUGGUAAAGGUUCUUUGGAUGUGCUAUCCGGUGACCUCUUGGGCCAAGUUUAUGGUUGGAAUUAUAUUACAAAAGCAGUACUUUUCAAGAUCGAUAUUAAUGAAUCUUUGAACGAUCAAGACAUCCAAAAUCUUGAUCGUAAUAUCAGGUUCCCGGUCCUCAAGAUUGCCACCAAUUUCAAAGAAUUCGUGGUGGUAGAAUCUAUUAACCAAAACUUCUUUAUCAUCAAAUUCGACGGUGCACAUUUCACCUCACAUUCCAUUAAACACAUUAGAUUGGACCAAGAAGUUACUCAGAAUGCCAUGAUUCUCCAUGAGAUUUUCAAUGCCAAUUCUGUCCACCUUGUCAAUGAAAUCAAUCCAGUAUUUCUUGGGAAAAUCGUUAACCCUCGUUCUUUACUGGCCAAAUCAUAUAUGGAGGUUGAUUAUGCCAAUGAAAAGAUUGUAUACAGUUGGAAAAACAAAAUUAAUCUUUUAGAUUUCGACGGAUACAAAUCGGCGGUAGUAAAUACCUCGCUUAAAGAUGAUCCGGUCGAUCCUCAACUGGCAGAAGAAUACGUGAUGCAAACCAAAAUCAUCAAUAAUUUAUCCACCAGACGGUCGGACGGUAACAAGCUUGCUGGUAAUGAUUCUUCACUCCAUGUGGCGCUUUUCUCUUCUGGGAAAGUGGUGGUCCACGCCACGGCUAAUAGUGAUCAAGAAAACAAGAAUGUCGUUGUUUUCAAAGUGAUUCCGUCGUUUUUAAGUGAUCUCUGCGAUGGCGAUCCUUAUUCAUUAUACCAUCUCCAUCCUAUCCUCAAAUUCGACUGUAAUAGCGGGGUACUUUUGCUCUGUUCUUAUAAUGGCUGGAUGGCAAUUGUUAACAUCCUCAAUGGGUGUAUAUUAAAAAUUAUCGAGCAUCAAAUUCCGAAAACUUUAACUAAUACCACUCCGUAUAAUAUCGAGUUCCACCGACAACAAGCCAUGGACCCUGGAGCGAUUAAUGUCGCUCCUUCACGAGAUCCGGUGGUAGCCACUAAUAAUUUCACGUUGGUACCGGUGACUGCGGUCGAAUUAGCCCCGGUGCCGGCAUUUUCAGCAGAAGGACUGGAUGAAGGAUAUUCACUCCCGCCGAUUUUACUUCGAGGGUUGAUAGUGCUUGAUAACAUUGUCCAGUAUUUCCAUAUCUCCUUUGAAAACUCUUUGUUCGUUCGGAACACUUUGGGGUUGACCGAAGAAGAGUUGUUGUUAUCGAAACAACUCAAGAAGAAACAAACGAAACAAUCAUCACGGUUACAAACUUGGGAGAAAAUCCGGGGAGAAAUGGACGAGUUUGAGAAUGAUAAUUAUGAAUCAGUAGUGCAAGGGAAGUUGUUCGAUAAGUACAAUGGGGUUCAUGAUUUGGAUGAUGAAGAAGAAUUAAUGUUGGCGUUAGCAAUGAGUGAGAGUGUGGUGAAGCAGGCAGCAUCAGAACAGGAUAAAUCGUUGAAACAAGCACUUGAAUUGUCGAAAAUUGAAGAGGGAAUAAUGGAGAAUAAUGAUGAUGACGAGGAGGAGGAGGAGGAGGAGGAGUUUGAUGAUGAUCUUAGAAGAGCUUUGGAAUUGUCAGCAUUGGAAUCUAAGGGGCCACAAAAUGAUGAUGAUGAAAUGGAAUUUUCAAUCACAUUAGAUGGGGAAGAUGAAAUGGACGAUGAUCUACGAAUGGCAUUGGAGUUAUCGGCGUUAGAAUCUCAGAAACAGGGAAGUAAUAAUAAUAAUAAUAAUCAUAGUAAUAGUAAUAGUAAUGGUACAUCAGGAGAUUUAGCAGAUGAUAUGGAUGAAGAUCUUCGCAAGGCAUUGGAGUUAUCGGCAUUGGAGUCCCAAGCCCCACAAUAUAACGGUGGUAGUGGGAUACAAUUCAGGAGAGCAUCCGGACAAGGUUUGGAUACCACACGGGAGGAAGAAGAUGAAUUUUUCGGGUUGAGUAAAGAAAAGUUCAAGUUUUUUGAUAAUGAUGAUUUGGAAAAUGGCGAGCAAGAUGAUGGUGAUGAUGAUGAUGAUGGCGACGACAAAGGGAAACAGACCAUUGAUAAAGGGAAGCUGGCGAAUGGUGAUGAUGAUGAUUUGUUAGAUGAGGAUAUGAAGCUCGCGAUAAAGUUGUCUAAAUUGGAAUACCAGGGAUUAAAAUCGGUACAUGAGAGUAAUGUUGGGUCGUCUUCUUCGAUGUUUUGA